GGCAGCAGGAGACCACAGCUAGCUUUGUCAACUUAGAGUACAACCUGUGAAGCUGCCCCUGAGAGUCAUCUCAACAUGUUCAGUGAAAAGAGCAGUGCCUCUUUGACCCAGAAACCCGUCCAGAAAAAGACGCGACCUCAGGGCCUCCCCUCUCCUGCUCUCUGCUGCGCUUGUGGACUCUGCAUCAUGUUAGCAGGGAUCAACAUCACUUUAGUGGGAGCAUUUGCCUUUGGAACCUUCCUACCCGUGAACAACCCUCCCAUCAUCAUUGGACCCAUCCUGCUGGUGGUGGCCUUCACCUUCUUCGGCGCCUGCUGCAUAUGCAGCCGGAGGCCCCCAGCUCACGGGGCCAGGAAAUCCAAGCCGGGUUCCAACAUCGGCCUCAUAAAGCCGGGCAACACGGCCUUCGAAAUUGAGACCAGCGAGCACACGGUGCAGGACACCACUGCCGUUCAGCUGAGCCCCACAAACUCCCCUGUCUCCUCCAAAAAGUCCACGCCGGUUCACGAGAGCGCGAAGACCUGCAAGCUCUUCACCAUGGAAGGCAACGGGCCGGUGGCUAAGUACACCCCGGGAGGAGAGACAGUACAGCUCAACUUGCCCAGGGACCUGGCUGCAUCCUAAAGCCAGGCAGAGCUUAGCUUAGCAGCCAGCCAGACACUGCGGCGGGUGGGCUGGGGAUCCGCGACGUGCCAUGGGGGUGGGGAAGGUGCUUGUGGAGAAGCCAGCAGCCAGAGAGGUCUCUUGGAACCAACUCCACAGAGGUGGACGCAACAGCAGACAA